CAUCCACAUCGCAGUCGAGUUUACCAAAGCUCUACAUACGUGGAGACUCGGAUUCCUCUCCUCUUGAACCAAAUCUUUGAGAAGCCCCGCGUCAUCGACAUUUGUCAUCGGCCCACUGGGCCCACUGACACUCCUCACCAUCGCAUUCGGCCCAUCCAACAUGGUAUAACUCGACGAUGCGCCAGGAGGCCAAGCCAAGUCAUGUGGGCUCGGUGGGCUGUGGAGCCAGUCCAAGCAGCUAAACUUCUUGUCGCCCCACUCCUUGGCUCGGCGGUCUGGUCCCUGGCUUCUCCGACGCGCCCGAAUCCCUUCUCCGCCUUCUAUACCAUAUCCAAUCGAGUCGACGGCACCCGCUACGCAAAAAGCUGGCUGGACCUGGUGUUCGUCGCGUACUAUGUCGUCUUCUUCUCGUGGUUCCGCCAAAUAGUCGUCGUGUCAAUAGGGCGGCGUGCUGCGCUAUACCUCGGGGUCCGCAAGAGGGGCAAAGUGGUACGCUUUGGCGAGCAAACUUACGCGUUUGUUUAUUACUCGAUCGCCUCCGCGUGGGGUUUGCACGUUAUGCGAGAGCUGCCGACGUGGUGGUACCACACUGCCGCCUUCUGGCUUGAAUAUCCUCAUUGGGCUAUGACGCCUCAGCUAAAGGCGUAUUACCUCGUGCAGGCCGCAUACUGGAUCCAACAAGUACUAGUCCUCCUUCUCCACUUAGAGCGACCGCGCAAAGACCACAAUGAAUUCGUCGUGCACCAUUGUGUCACUAUCUGGCUCAUCGGCUGGAGCUAUCUCAUGAAUCUGACGUUAAUUGGCCAUGCAGUCUAUCUGAGCAUGGAUGUACCCGAGGUCUUCUUCUCUUUCUCUAAACUUCUCAACUAUCUUGCCAUGGAUCGCGCCAAGAUCGUCUCCCUCGCAAUCUUCACCUAUGUUUGGACCUAUUUCCGACACUAUCUCAACAUCCUGAUCUUGUGGUCGGUGUACUCUGAGUAUGACCUCGUCCCUGCUUCUGCCCGGCGAUGGUCCCCUGCCGACGGAACUUACUUGACGUGGUGGCUCAAAUACUGGAUCCUCGCGCCACUUGCAGCGCUGCAGUUGUUAAAUAUGUUCUGGUAUGCACUGGUAUUGAGGAUACUUGUGAAAGCUCUUUUGACGGCAGAAGCGGACGAUGAGCGUUCAGAUGACGAGGAUGAAGGAGCAUGA